AUGGGCUCCCUCUCCCCCUCCCCAAGCAGCCAAGACUCAAGCGCAACAAUCCUCUCCCUAACAGACCAAAUCCGGCUCGCCGCGCUGUCCGAAGCCGAAGCCGAAGCCAAAGCCGACACAUCCUCGCAUCCCAAUCCAGAAACCCACGCCCACCUCCUCUCCCUCCUCGACACCCUCCGCCUAACCAUCGAAACGCCCGCCGAAACAGCGCGACGAAUCAUCUACCAGCCGCCGCAGAACGCCGCGCUCCGCGUCCUCCUCGACCUGCGCGUGUUCGAGCUGCUGAUGGAACACGCCGACGAAGACGAAGACGGGGUGUCGGUGCAGGAGAUUGUGCAGCGCACGGGGGCGGAGGGGGCGCUUGUUGUCCGCCUCAUGCGCGUCGCGGUAGCGCUGGGCCUGGCGUCCCAAUCCCAAUCCCAAUGCAUUUCCAAUUCCAAUUCCAAUUCCAAUUCGCCAGGACGGUACGGCUACGGCUACGUGUACAGACGCACCAGCAAAACGCCCAUCAUGACAAGCCCGCUCGGCCGGGACGGGGGCAUGGUCCUCUACGACCUGACGAUGCCAACCCUGGCUUCCCUCCCAUCCUACUUCAGCGCCCACGCGUAUAACGUCCCAACCGAGGCCUCCUGCCCCAUGCGCUGGACAACAGGGCAAAGCCAGUUCGAGUGGCUGGGCGCGAGGCCCGCGCAGCAGGAACGGUUUAAUGCGUAUAUGGGUGCUAGGCGUAUGGGGAGUCGUGCGUGGUUCGAGGUCUUUCCGGUCCAGAAGGUCUUUGGGGAUUUGGGCUUGGGGGAUCGGGAUGGGAAGUGGAAGAAGACAGUUGGGACUGGGAAGGAUCAGGGUCGUGAUGACGGGGAGGGUGGAGGAGAGAGUGAAGGUGAAGGGGAUGUGUUUAUUGUUGAUAUCGGCGGAAACGAGGGCCAUGAUCUGGUAGCGUUGCGGAAACGGUACCCGGGUCUUCGCGGACGACUGGUAUUGCAGGAUCUGCCGGCUGUUGUUCAAGGCAAAGACACGGAGUUGGAUAGGUAUGGGAUCGAGGUGAUGGGGUAUAACUUCUUCGAGCCGCAGCCUGUUAGAGGUCCGUACACCCCCUCCCCUCCCCUCCCGGGGCAUUCUCCCAUCCCACUACCCUACUCUACUAACACCAUCCGACCCCACCCAGGCGCACGGAUCUACUACCUCCGCUCAAUCCUGCACGACUGGCCCGACGCCACAUGUCUGAAAAUCCUGCGCAACAUAAUCCCCGCAAUGAGCCCAUCCUCGCGUCUCAUCCUCGUCGAGUUUGUGCUCCCGGACACGCACACGCCGCUGUUCCAGGCUGCGCUGGAUGUCCAGAUGAUGUGUCUUGGGGCCGGGGGUGAGCGGUCCAGAGCCCAGUGGGAGAUGCUUUUGGGGGAGGCUGGGCUGGAGAUUCAGGGGGUUUGGGGGGGUGGUGGGGGGGAGAGGGUUAUUGAGGUUGGGCUUGCUGAUGCUGCUGAUGGUAAGGGGGGGAGGAUGGGUAGAGGUGAGGAUGGGGAUGAUUGA